UCGACAUUGUUGAAUUUUUGAAGUCAAUUCCACCUAUGUACUUGGAUGAAAACAAGUCUUUGAUUCUGAAUAUUGUGGAAAGCCAGAAUUCGGGGAAGAUUAAUGAGUGUACUGAGUAAGCUUUACUGGCAAACUUUGGCUAUUCUUACAUGAUUCAUAAUUGUGUCUCUGCUUGGUAAUUUUGCAAACUAGUGCGAAAUGGUGGUAUGCAAAACGAUUUCUACAUCCUGACAUUGUGGCACCAUAUGAUUACAUAUUUAUCUGGGACGAAGAUUUGGGAGUGGAUAAUUUUGAUUCUUAAAAGUUAGCACUCUUUCUGCAUCAUAUCCUCUAAUGUCUUGAGCUAUUCAGUACAGAACUUUUGUCAUUUUUUUUAUUGAAUUUUCAGAUACGUUGAUUUGGUUAAGAAACAUGGUUUGGAAAUUUCACAGCCUGGUGUGGAUCCUAAUAGUCCGUUUACAUGGCAGAUUACAAGGAAAAGACAUGACAGUGAAGUUCACAAGAGCACAGAGGAGAAACCAGGAUGUUAAAUUUCAGUUAAAUUGUUCAAUUUUUGCUACAAAAAUGGAGAAUGAUUCUUCCAAGAAAAUUGAAGUUUCUGCCCUAAACCCCAAUUUACAAUCAAGAGGUGCUUUGGUUGUAUUAGAAAGGUUAGAUCGAAGUGGAAAGAGCUCUCAGUGUAUUCAGCUUCUCUCUCACUUGCAAAGUAUUGGGUGUUCUGCUGAAAUAUGGCGGUUUUCGGAUCGAAAUACUGCUGUUGGGCAGAUGAUCUCUGCUUAUCUUUCCAAUCAAUCUAAUUUGGAUGAUCAUACUAUUCAUCUUUUGUUCAGUGCUAAUCGUUGGGAGAAAAGAUGGUUGAUGCCUGCUUGCCAAUGGAAGAAGUCCAGAAGAAGCUCAGAGAAUAUGUGCUUGAGUGUGUUGCGGCCUGCAAAAAUGGAAGGGCUCUGUCUCACUUCUGGUCACAAUAGGCAAGCUGCCAUAUGCCUCUUGCUCGCUUGGGCGAAAUUGUAUACUAUAGUCAGUAAUCAGUAGUUACCACGUUUUGAACUCUAGGUUGAGCUGUUGAGGUACUUCUACCUUUAAGUUUAAGUCUAGAAGUUGGAGUUGUAUUAUACGUUGAUUUGGUUAAGAAACAUGGUUUGGAAAUUUUAUGGGUAGGCCAAAUUACAAAGGAGACUCUGCCGAAAUUUACAUUUGCAUUAUUCAAUAAUAUUGCAUUUUAAUUUCAA